GGCAGGCGGAGUGCAGCGGGGCGGUGCAACGCGCGCCGCCGACCCGGCCGACGGGCAGACAGUAGGACGGCGACGCCACUGUGAGUCGGUGACCACGGCGCGAAGAGCGCGCUCGCCGCACCGUGACAUGUAGCGCGGCCGACGCGCCGCAGCCUCGCGACCACACGCCGGUGGCGGCGCGCCGAUGCGCCUGCCGUCCGGCCCGACGCCCGCGCCGCUGAACCCGACGCUAUACCGAGCCUCGCGACCGGUGCCGCUCGCGCUAGCACUCCACGAGCGAGCCCCUCUGCCCGUCUGUAGCGACGACCGUCGUCGGAUGGAACCCGGAGUGCGCCGAUUCGCAUCAAGGUUAGACGAAUAUUUGAAUGUGAGUGUUUGUGCACCGCCCGCCGCCGAUCCCGAGCGCCUUAGCGCAACCUCGCACUUCAGCCGUACGCGCACUCCGCACACCGUCACUUUAUAGCGGCGGGAGCUAGCUCAGACAUGGGAAGUGAGCACUAUUGCCUGAGGUGGAACAAUCAUCAGAGCAACCUGCUCGGCGUUUUCAGCCAACUGCUACACGACGAGAGCUUGGUGGACGUCACGCUCGCCUGUUCCGAAGGUGCCUCCAUCCGGGCUCAUAAGGUAGUACUAUCUGCGUGCUCAUCCUACUUCCGUUCGCUAUUCGUGGACCAUCCCUCACGACACCCCAUCGUGAUCCUGAAGGACGUGGGUUUGGAGGAGCUGAGAACUCUGGUCGACUUCAUGUACAAGGGCGAGGUCAACGUCCAAUAUUGCCAACUGCCUGCUCUCCUUAAAACUGCUGAGAGCCUUCAGGUCAAAGGAUUAGCUGAAAUGACGACACUAAGUGCUGCCGGCAUUGAUGCAAGAACCGUCCCAGAACCCAUGGACGAAUGUCAACAACAAGAUGCGAGGGAAUGCACAGAAACGCACGAAAGGUUAGACGAGCGGGAUAUUCGGGAUAAGGAAGAACGAAGAGAAGUAAAGGACAGCAGAGAAAUUCGGGAACGAGAGUGUAAGGAUACCAGGGACAGCCAUAGAGAAGCUCGUGAAACGAGAGAUUUGAGAGAGCAUAGAGAAUGGGAUAGAGAACGUGAGAGAGAAGCGCGUGAUUUAAUUAGAGAAACAAGAGACAGUCGUGACUCACGUGAUCACCGAGAGUCGAGGGACCAUAGAGAUUCGCGAGAAGUAAAAGAUAGAGAACCUCGUGAUUUGCGAGAAAUAAGGGAUCCGCGAGACCAUCGUGAGUCACGUGAUCCCAGAGAUGCGCCUGAAGCCUCCCCUCCCCGAAUAUCCCCCUUAUUAACCGUGCGACGAUUUAGGCCUGAAACGUCAAUUGAAGCACCAACGCUGACGCAUCCUCCUAUACCAAAAGAUGAACCGCCUGACGAGCCGAUGCGUCCAUCAUCGCCGGAAGAAGAUUCAGUAUCAAUUAGGUCAAAUGGUGCUAGCGAAAGCGUGGGUAUCAAUAUGACUAUAAACAGCCAUGGUGUCCUUGGACCAAGAUAUUCACCCGUGGAACAACGGUUGAGUGUACUGAACACACUACCCCACCCCGGCCUGCCACAUCCGUCACAUAGUUCACUAUCAAGUCCUAGAAAUGAACCAAUAGCUGGCCCCUCUGGGCUGCCACCUGUCCAACAAGUACCUUUGUCCCUAAAGAAGGAAGCAGACUGGGAUAGAAGUAAUGAUGAGAAAGUUGGGGAGCCAUCAACAGAAUACAGACUCCAACAUGAAUCGAUGUGCUUGGACAUGGCAUGCGGUUCACCGAGUAUAGCCAGUCCCAUACCGGCCGGCAGCCCAACAGCUCUGCCGUUGUGGUCGCCUCUGCUCGCCUUGCAAGCAUGUCGCCUGCGCAGGUAUCUCAGCGACGACUGUAUGGCGUACCAGAGUCGUCACUUGCUCCAUUCUGAACGACGACGCUGCGGAGUUUGUCUCGCCUCCUUCCCCUCCGCUUGGCUCUUGGAGCGCCACGCCGCGCUGCAACACGCGUCGCAGUCGUCCACCGAUGACAAACCGUUUGUCUGCGAACAGUGCGGACAAAGCUAUCGAUACAGGUCCGCCUACGUCAAACAUAGAGAACAAAAUCACCGAGCGAGAUUACCGGCAGACAAACUUUUCACGUGUGAUGUAUGUGGCAUGCAAUUCCGAUACCUGAAGUCGUUUAAAAAGCAUCGACUUAACCAUACACUCGAGAGACUUCACACAAAAAACACCGACCAAGAAGUCGAUCAAGUCACUAGCACUAACGAAGUUUUAAUCGGCCAGUGCGGCGAAAUGGACUUGUCGAUGAAAAAGAGGAAUAGAAACGAUAUCAGAUCUCCGCCCAUCGAAGUCAUCGGCGACAUCGAACAAGACAGCACCGUGGAUUCCAACGGGCCCACAGACUCCAUCGUAACCGUCGACGACUCCACCGACUGCAGAAACUCUAGCGCCGAAAGCGAAACGAAGAGAGACGAGAGCGCAAACGAAAGGAGACGCAACCCUGUAUCUUUCGCCAGCGUCAGUUCGAUUGCAGAUAGUUCGGAGAACGAGUCGCGCGGCGACAGCGGUAAGCUCGAGGGUUCCAGUUCACAUUCCGGAAUAUUGGGGUUCUUGCAGAACGACGACAGGCAGAGGGACAGGGAGAGGAGAUUCGCGUGUCCGUUCUGCGGCAAGUGCGUGCGCUCCAAGGAGAACCUGAAGCUGCACGUGCGAAAGCACACGGGCGAGCGGCCCUUCGUGUGCCUGUUCUGCGGGCGCGCGUUCGGCGGCAAGAGCGACCUGACGCGCCACCUGCGCAUCCACACGGGCGAGCGGCCCUACCACUGCGAGGCGUGCGGCAAGUGCUUCGCGCGCGCCGACUACCUGUCCAAGCACCUCACCACGCACGUGCACAACGCCCGCUGAUCCCGUGCGCCGUCCGCUCCGCGACCUUCGCAUACCUCUAUAGUUAAUGACCGAGUCAUUUUAUAACAGCAAAUCGGAAUAUUUUUUAAAAAUGUUUUGAAUCUUUACACUUUAUUGUGGAUAUAAUUAAGCAGGUCUAAAUAGAAUUUUACCGUGUUAUUUUUUUUCGGAUUGGUAACUAUAGUUUAAUAAAUAAUUUUCUAUAUUUAUUCUAUAAACGAAUGAAGAAUUGCAAAGAAAUAGAAAGGGCUAACUUUAUCAUACGUCACACUACAUCUCGCUCGAGUAGGAGGAAGGAUAAUUUAUUUAUAAUGAGCGCUUUUUAAAUUACUAAUUUUAACAAAAUUUGAACUGAAGAAAAGAGUCUGAGUAGGGUACUAUUGGUUAAUUUAAUGGUUUGCUUUUGGUGUUAUCAGUUAAUCGAUACAAAACUUUUUUCGAUUUAUUUUAUCUUCAAAGUACUUUGCGCAUAUUCCAACUUACAGUAAGAUUGAAAACUAUUUCCAUUGAUGGGAUAUUAGAAAAUUGUAGUGUUGACGAUAGGUAGGUAAGAGAAUGCAAAAAGCUGUGAUUAAUAUGAUUAAGACCAGUCAACAAGUUUUAAAACAUCGAAAAUGUUUUAUGUAAUUUAGAGUAAUUUUAAAUGUCUAGAUAUAAAAUUCAUUUUAGAUAUAAGAAAUCUCUCUGUGCCAAAAUAUGUACCUCAUAAAAUAAACCUUGAAGUAGCUAAAAUAAUUGACAAGAUUGUUUAUACACAUUUUUUUACAUAAUAUAAUGUCGUAUAUUAUGCAGGUUCAUAUUAUAAACACAGUUUGAUAAGUUUCUGUUGUUGACCUUGCAAGAUAAAAAAUACUUGCCCGCAUUCACUCGCUAUUCUGGAAUACUGAACUCUUUUAUCUAGUAGAUCGCCAACAUUAUAUUUCUAAGAAAAAUACAAACUGCCAAUAUUGUGAUAUUUCUUUGUAGUUAUAGACAGCGCACAAUUAGGAUUUUCUAAGCGUGCCAUUAAAAAGCAAUAGAACAGUCAGUUUUUAUUAAGUAAAAUAUUACAAAAUUUGUAAAGAAUUUUUUUGAAACUUUUUCUUUAAAAAAAAUUGAUUAAAUUGUUCUAUACUGUCCAACCCGCCACGGCUUAGCUCGAGCAGAAUUUUUAAAGCGAAAAUAUAAAUUCUCUUUAUUCCCUAUCCUGUGGGAAUCAUCGAGAAACCGGCCUUAUUCCUCCAUGUCCAUAUAAUAAAGAAAGCCUCUGUGCAAAAGGGUGUUGAUUAUUCAGUGAGUGAUAUCAGAACUUUUCUUUUUAUAUGAUGUAUUGAUUAACUACAUAAUAAUUAUUAUGUACUGGUCAAGUAAAUAAGAAAACAGCGGAUUAAAAAAGUAUUUUCGCGACGGUACCCACAGAAAAGAAUUUCAGAAUAAAAAUCAAGAUUUAAUGAAUUUUGGCAAAUUAUUUUGAUCUCAGCUUAAAUAUACUUAUUACUACUAAAAUAUAAAUAAGUAUAUAAAAUAUACUAAAACAGUUAUCAAAAGAAAAUAUGGAUACAUUUUUAUCGGUCUUCAUAUUGUCAUGUCACACAUCAUGAUAUGCCAUUUCUAUCGACUUAAGCAAUGUUUCGAAUAAACUUUAUUUAAAUGUGGGUGUGAAGUGUGAACUACCCGCAUUUUAAUAAUUUAUUCGAAACAGCCAUGCUCUCGUCCUGUAUUAAUUAAAUGUUUCAGAAUAAUAUUAAUUAUUUUAUAUCAUAUUGAAUAGGUAUGUUUAAAAUUAAAUGAGAUAUUUAUUGAAAAUAUUUUAUAAAUUAUAAUGUGUAUGCUUUUCACUCCUAUAUUCCAAUUAUAUACGUUUAUAUUGAUUUUUGCUAGGUAUAACGUAACGCGUUGUCAAUUAAAUUAUUACAUAUAAGAGAAUAAUAUUAUAUUACGUAAUGACAAUAUUCCAGUUAGCGGGCCAGUAUUUUUUCACACACAAUACUACAGUGAAAUCCGUCGGGCAUUAGUUACAUGUUGUAACAAAAACUCUUAUUUUAUUAGUAGAAUAUUAUACAAAAAUAUUUCAUUUGUAAUAAUAGUUCUUGUAAGCAAAGGCGCCGAUCCUACUGCCAGUGGUCUUAACCUGUACAUUAAACUUUACAUGUCACCAACGUUGCUAGAAUUUAAGCGCCCAAACACAAUAACGCCAGAGCAAAAUGGACCUGAAAGCCCUCAAUUCACUAUCAUCCUCUAGUUUAAUUUCGCAAAGUUUCCACUUGGAGUGCUGGCUGUAUGGACGAACUUUAGCUUUAUAGAAAGGCGGUGUAAGUUAAUUUUACUUUGACGCUCGAAUUCUAUCGUCGUUCUUGUACUAACUCUACUAGAGUUUAGAGUUUUGUAUCACACGUUCACUUUACUGUAUGCGAGGGCCUGGAUCU